CACUCAGUCAGUCUUCCUCGAGCGGCCUCCCCCAGGUAGCGGCACGACUGCAGCGUCGAAGUGCCUUGACUGCGUCCCCGCAGUUCAGCUUGUCCUUCUCCGUGGUGUAGCACUCCAGCACUGCACGACUCUCAUCCUCACACGGCACCGGACGCUCCUUCAACCUGACACACAACACACAACACACACACACACACACACAUGGACACAUUGACACACACAGACACAGAGGGAGGGAGAGGCAAAUAUUUGCCUCACUCCCGGCAUGUCUGUCUUUCUGUCUAUCUGUCUGACUUGAAUGCUCACUUGAGGAUUUUGCUUUCGAGUCUGGUCAUCUCCGCCUCCAUCGCCUCCCUCUUUGUCUUCUCGAAUUCCGCCAGCAGCUUCAUGCGAUACUCCCUCUCCCACUGUGCCCUGAGCUCCGCCACUGUCGCCUCGUCUAGCGGUCUGCUUGGCGCUGCAGGGGCGGCAGGGGCUUCUGAUGCAUCCAGUGAUGUCUGUGGCUGAGGGGGUGGUUGCGGCGCGCCCUCGGUGGUGCUGUAGGUGUGGAGGAAAUCGGGGGUGAGGAUGAUCUCAUUGGUGGCAGCUGGCGGACUGGACUCGGGAGUUUCGGAUGGAGUGGACGAUGAUCCACCCAUUCUGAUGACCAGAGUGCCGAUU